GCGGGACUGGCCUGCGGGGGCCCUUUUUCUUUCUUUUUUACCCCCAGCGUCUUCUGCGAGUUUUUGAGAGAUGCCCAUGGAGACAUUUCGACGCAAACUGCAGCGAGGACCCUCCUGAACUCCAUUUUUAAUGUGCACUUGAGGGAAAAGGCUCAGCCGUACUUGAACGAGAGAGAAGAGUUUACACUAGACGGUUUGUCUCUGAUGUUUCGGGAGUGGGCCCUGGACCCUUCUUUUGCUGCUCUCGCCGGCGUUUUGGAAGAAGACGAAAUGGCUCACCCGGGGCUGCUGCUUUUUUUCUCAAGGUUUCUUGCCGUCCGUCUUUUUUUCGUUUUGGAUUCGAGCAAAAGAGGUUUUGUUCAUAUAAAGGAGUUGCUGGCGUUUGAAGAGUUCCAGCAGCUACUUAAUGCGCUGUAUAAACCCAUUGAUUGUCCCCCCGAGGAAAUCCUGAGCCAGUGGUCUGUCCAGUUUGCUUACGACAUCUUCAAUUUUCUGCGGGAGAACGGCUUUUGCUGCAGCAGCAACACGAUAUUUGAUUUGCUGCAGUCUCUUGCUGCUGUUGUUUGUCCCUUUGCAUUUGACAUAACUCCUUUUUGUCUCCACCGAAUUUUUCUUUCCAAAGCAGCAGCAAAAAGAAGCCUCAGCAGCAGCAGCAGCAACCUUUACUGGCCAGAAUUCGACGCGGAAACAACCCCCCAGCAGCAGCAACAGCAGCAGCAGCAGCAGCAGCAGGGAGCAUCGGGGGCGGCAGACACAGGGGCGGAAGUCUUGUGCUUAGCAACAGAAGACCUCAUUCGGCUUCUUGCUGCUCUGGACUACUGCGCUGCUGUUUGGAGUCCAACGCCUGCAAAGGCCCGCAUUGUGGCUCCCUCUUGUAUUCGAGCCUCUCUGGAGUUCCUGUGGGAUUCCCUGGACGUUCCCAGGAAGGGCUAUUUCAACAUGACUGACCUCUCUGAAAUGUGGGAGGCAGCAGCAGCAAGUUUGUGCGCUCAAGGGUUUCCUGCUUCGAGCUUGGCUGAGGGUUCUGUUGUUUUGGAGGUUUGGGACCGACUGAGAAAUUCAGAAGCAGUUCUGAGGCGCAGCACUUGCGUCAAAGACCUCGUGAGGGUUUAG